UGUUGAACAGGUAGGUAGCCGCGAUGGACGAUACGGGCAGUAGCGGAGGCGACUUGGACGCGUUGUUACAGCAACACAAGGUGCAGAUCGACGGUCUCCGUCAGCGUCUUGGCGAUGUCCUGGUGGACGAGUGCGACGACGUGUGGUUGCUGCGCUUUGUCCUGAGCAAUGGAAGUGUUGACGCCGCGGAGGAGCCAGCGCGGUUCACGAUUCAGUGGCGCAAGGAUCGACAGGCUGUCUUGGCCAAGCUCAAGGCAGGCGAAGAUCACCCGCUGCACAAUAAAGUGACCAAGUUCCAAGUAACGCACCACCUCCAACUGCGUUUUCACAAGGUCGGUUGUCCUGGGCUAGGUGGCAUCGUCGCACAAAACUACGUUAGUCGGCGAGCCCGUGUUUUACGUCCGCAUUGGCCUGUGCAACCCCCGAGCCCUCAUGGACGCCAUCGCGUUCGACGACGUUGUCGAGUACUAUAUGAUGUCGCGGGAACAACUUCUCAUCCAGUGCGACCACGAGUCGCGCAAGAAGCGCACCUUGAUCAAGAUUUUGUCCGUGCUCGACUUCACUGGGUUCUCGAUCGCUCGAGGCCACGACUCUCGCUUUUCCCAAAUGCUCGGGGUAACCAGCAAACUGUCCGAAAAGAUGUUUCCGCAGUUGCUUGGUCGCACCAUCUUUAUCAAUGUCCCGCAAGUGUUUCAGUGGGUAUUCCGCCUCAUCAAACCUCUUAUGAGCCACCGGACUGUCGCCAAGAUGGUCAUAUGCCCUGGCGCCUCGUCCGGCCAGUCACUCGCAGCAUGUCCGUUCACCCAACACCAUCUUGGCGUCGACAACAUCCCGACGUUUCUGGGUGGCACGUGCCGCUGCAAUGGAGGGUGCUGUAUUGGAGGCGUCCCCAACUCGCAAACGACUCCUAUCAAUUCGGUGGAUGCUGACGGGCUGGCCAGCAUCUCGCUCAGUGCUCGGACAACGCAGUCGCUGGACUACCCCGUCGGUGCCGACAUGCAUGUGUCGUACAACAUUAUCGCGGAAGGCAAAGCCAUCGAUGUCCGCGCCUUCAUCAGUGCGAACGGGUUGACCGGUGACACGAAAGAUGCAGUAGCAUUGUGGGAAUGCCCCAUGCUACAAGCGGCCGACGGAGUACAAGCAGGCACGUGGGUCAUGCCCCACGACGGCAUCUUGACCCUGCGGAUCGACAACCGCCACGCCCUAUUUCGCGGUCGAAGCAUCAAAGUAAAACUCGACUUUGUCGGCCGAGACGAAUCGAAUGUGGCACAAGAUGAUCCGUUGGAAAUGAAACGAGGUGGGGAAGGCGUCGACAGAGUGGGGGUGUUGGCCCACCCAGACUCCAAGGACAGCUGACCCGACUGCUGGAGUGGGCCGACCC